GGAAAAGAGAAAAUUACUAAUUUACCCCCAUCUUCUUCCCCAUCCUCUCCUUCCUCUAGGCUUUUUUUUUUUCUUUUACCUCCAGGCAAACCCAGCUCCAAUCUAGGUCGCGAACCCAGAGUAUCUUGAAGCUAAGAAGAAAGACCGUUUGGCAAGGAAGAAACUAUCAGCAUUUAUUCAUGUAUUUGAGCAUUGUUCAAUGAAACAUAUUGAGGGACAUAGGAAAGAGCAAAAUCCAACAAAUCGAAAUGGAUAAGAUGCUAAUUGUCAGUUUCAAAGAGGUCUAGUUGAUAAACAACAGUCAGGGCCCUCAAUGUCAUUCAGAGAUGUUAACAGACUAUGUGUAGGAGAUGAGGCAAAUUUACUCAGAAUUCAGGAGAGUGGGAAUUUGAAGGAAAAAGAACAAAAUACAAGAAGUCAAAACAGACAAGAUCUAAGUCGUCAGUGUCAAAGUUGUGUACUGAUAAACAACAACCAGAGUCCUCUACAUUGUGUAGACAUAUCAGUACUCAAAGUAUGAAGCAUGAGGCAAACUGCAUCGGAAUGCAGAAGAAUGGGCAUUUGAAAGAGAGAGAACGAAAUACAACAAGUCAAAAUAGAGUUUUUGAUUGCCAGUUUCAAAGAAAUCUAGCCAAUGAACAACAAUCAGGGCCUUCCAUAUCAUGUAUAGAUGUCAACAAACCAUCUAUGGAAAACGAGUCCAAUGUUUGCAGUGGGACAGUAAGCAUCGCUACGAUCGGAAAGGAAGGCAAAGAAAAGGUGGUAAAGGUAAACCUGUCUAAGAGAGAGCCUGAAAAGCAAGGGGCCCAACUAUCAGACAGCCCUGACUACAACAUUGACAAUGCAUCCAGUGAAAACACUGAAACUACCCAUGUAGUAAAUCACAAAGAAGAUGAAGAAAGAAUUCAGAAAGAAGUUCUACAACAACAUAUAACUAAUCCUGACCAGCAACCCAUUGUUCAUGAUUGUGAUGGGGAGGUGACCUCUGAUACUGGAAGUGAUGAGUUUAUUAGUUCGACUUCUAUUUCAUGUAGAGAUGUUAACACUCCAUGUCUGGAAGAUGAGACAAAUGUUCACAGUAGAACAUUAUGCAUCCCAACUUUGGGAAAGGAAAGCAAAGAAGUGGUGGUAAAGAAGAGCCUAUCUGAGAGAGAGCUGGCCCAGCCUUUUUCAGAUGGCCUUGAUUACAACAAUGACAACCCCUCUAGUCAAAACACUGAAACCGCCCAUUUAAAUCAGAUGCAAGCUAAAGCAGGAACUCCGGACAUUCCGCAAGAAGUUUUACAACAACAUGGAACUAAUCUUGACUAACAACCCAUUGUUCUUAAUUUUGAUGGAGAGGAUACUUCUGAUACUAAAAAUGAUGAGGUUAUUAAAUAUAUUGAACUAUUCCAU